CUCGAUUUCAACUGAGGAACCCCGCCUGGUUUAGCACGGUAGUUUAUCAAUGAGCGCAGUGUUCUGGAUUGUGAGUGGAACAUGACAGCGAAUGUUUGGUCCAAAAUCAUGGGCAACUGGACGAAACUGUUUUUCUCUCAACAUGUAGCAUUUAUCGGUCUCACGCUCUCUUGUAUGCAUGGGCUACGCCAUUCCAAGAAAUGGAACAUUACUUCUAGGAAAUGGAGGAUUGUCAAAGUCGUGGACAAUAAAUUAGAGAGAGGAAUUGGAGAGACACUUCACGAUCGAACAAACCACAAUGAUGAUAUUGAACAAGCAUAGUAAGAUACUCAAGUGGCGAUCCGAUCGAUCCCUGGGUACAGCUGGAACAUGGCAAGAAAUCAUCAACCUCAACGUUAGGAGCGGCACGAGCAUCAUAGUGCUCUUUUCGUCAGGACCAGAAUAUUCGUUUGUCUUUGAGACACCAGAAAUCGCAUUUCGACUUACUAUUGUGGGAGACAACAGAAAUGAGGACGUACCUACAAACUCGCUGUGUAUCCACCUUGGAGAGGAGAAUUGGCCUUCGCUUUCAAAAUACAUAGGCAGAUA